AUGAACAAAGCGCUCGUUCUGAUUUGCAUUUCUCUGUUCGCAGCCACUGAGGCUCGCUUCACCAAGCUCAAUGUGAACCUGGCCCUUACGGUCGCUGAGGACUCGCAUCAGCUAACCGAGGACAUGGUUCGCAUUUGUCAACAGGACACGGAUAUCUCAAUGGAUGAGCUGCACAAGUUCAGAAAUCACGACUUUUCCAACGCCUCAGAGGCCAGCCAAUGCUUCACCCAUUGCCUUUACGAGCAGAUGGGUCUGAUGCGCGACGGGGUCUUCGUGGAACGCGACUUCAUACGCAAGCUGGCCGAUAUCACCGAUCCCAAUACCUAUGCAGAGCGCGACUGCCAUGGACUUCUUGGUACCAACAAGUGCGAGACGGCCUACAAGAUACAUCAGUGCAAGCAGCAGCUGCGCUCUUCAGAAUUGGCCCGCAAGGAGCAGAAGGAGCAGCAGCGGGCUAAAUCUGCUGAAACAGCUGUUCCCGCGCCUCCCCCAGUCGCUGAGCUGGUAGAGUAA